CAUCUCUCUGUUUCACGCAUUAGGUGUUCGCAAUUCUAUUAGUCCCUCAUAAAAGGAUUCUUUGAUAGUUUUGUGAAGAAUCGACGAUUUAUAAACAUGUCAACAAGCCCUGCGGUGCGUAGCCCCUAAAUGGACAUCGCAUUUAACUUGAACGUCGACUAUGAACUAAGAAAAAUAUUUACAACUGUCAUCAACAUACUAUGGUUUCACUUUUCUUCUGAAGCACCAGCUGCCUGUAUAUUUGAUUUUGUAAUUAACUGUUGAGGAGUUAAUUUAUUCACCCAUCGCGUACCACAAAAGUCAAUUCAUACAGAAGUGUAAUCCAUUGAUACAACGAACAAGGUGGGAGCGUGAAAAUUAGGUAAGCUUUGUGCUGCCCGCGGAAUCCAGUCUGUCUACGUGUAAUUUUUCCGUCUAAAACAGCAGCUGUUUACACCAGAGAGUACUUGGAAUACUCGUGAAACAAAGGCCACUUACUGACAAAUCAUGCAGACUUCUGUUUGCUGUUGUACGAGGUUACUUCUUACAGGUCUACGUCGUUGUAAGCUACAUGUAGCAGUUUUGUUUUGACACAAAUUUAACCCUUCAAGCACUGUUUUUUCUAAGGUUAAUUUUCGUCACUUCACAUGUCUUAUGUUUGAGUAAAAGUACAGGCACUUAGGCUAUUGAGUCGUGUCGAAGAUGCAAAGGACGUGUGAAUGGACGAAUUUUUACACGCUUUAUGCAUUCACGUCGCGAAGACACAAGUGUGGUCAUUAUUGAUAGUAAUGUUUAAUUUAGUUCUUUCGCAUCAAGAAUUACUACAGUGUUCAUGCUAGCGUGAGUUUUACUUUUGGUAUAAUUUUAAUACAGAUAAUGGGCAGUAAUAAACUCACUCUGACAAACCAAUUAUUUGCGUCCGUCUGAUGUGGAAGUUUCGAAUCAGUAUUCUUGUCUUCUUUUCACAGAAUGAGUGCCCUCUCGAUUCCUUUGUGUGUUUCGCUUUUGGGGCUUUUCUCUGGCGUUUGCGGUAUGUUUUUUUCAAUCCUUAUUUCUCUGUGGUUAUCCAAAGAUAUUUACAUAUAUGAUCAAAUUCGAGAUAGAUGAAAUAUUCGCUUUUUCGAAUUCACAGCAAACAUACACCGACACCUUUUCAAUUCUUAGGGAAUUGUGUUGGCGUAACCUAGUAUCCUAGCUAAACGAAACAACGAUUUUGCCUGCAGGCAUACUUGUCAAAAUUUCUUCGAUUUGCAUGCAAAUUUAUUGAAGCAUUUGUUUGAAGGAAAAGGUCGAUGUUUUCAUUAUUGUUUCAAUUAUGAAAAUAGCGUGAUCAGACAGCUGGUAGUAGUGACCAAUAGUCGCAAGUUUUAGAAAUUAAUUUACUUAAAAUAAUUUAAAGCCAAAUGAUUUUCCAAAGGAAAGCGGCAUCUUGUCUUGGUUUUAAUCUAAAGAAGUUCUAAAGUAUGUUUGAAUCGUAUUCUUCCUUAAUUUCUCUACAUGGGGUGGGGAAAUACGAGUUUCCGAUAUUAUGUAUAUUGAUUCCACUCUCCAAAAAACAAAAUACAAAAAGAAAUGUUGUUGGUUUCAAAUGUUCAAUAAUUGCUAUUACCACACUUUGUGAAUUUUCACGCGUGUUAAAACUCAGAUUAAUGAAAAGGAUAUUAGAUAAGAUUAUACUAAUGCCUAAUAUUUUAAGGUUACAAAUUUAAGUUACUUUACUUGAUUUGUCCAAUUUUAGUUAACAAGCUGCACUAAAAUUCUUAAUUUAAAGAGGUAAACAUUAAAUAAUUUAGUGUUCUUUAACCCUUUAAACCCAAGGGGUGACCAGCAUCUAAUUUCUCCUUACCAUAUCACCCCUAAAUCACACUUCAAGGUCAGGAGAAUAAAGAAAAUUAUCACCAACAAAAGAAGCUCUUGAUUGUUUAAUAAAUUCUCCCUGUCAGUACCUUUGGAAAUGUAUAGAGAACAUUAUGGAGAAUAUGCAUCCUGAUGUUAGGGUGUAAAGCAUUAAUAGCUGUAAGACUUAUUCUUAUGCUUGAUUGUCUUAUCAAACUUUAUGGUGAUUUCAUUCAUGAUGAUUUUAUCAAGGAUAAUUCAUUUACUUAUUUGUAGUCUUUGAAUUGGUAUCAAUUUGUACAGGAAAAAAAGUGAUAUAUUUUCAGAACUAAGUAACACUUAAAUUCCCCAGAUCUGAUUAUUAAUUCUUGCUUCUAGCUGCUACAUAUUUCCUUGUAAAUUUGUUACAAGAAUCUGGUGUUAGAUAAAGAUAUCAACUUCUAUCUGAUCAGUUUGAGUAUUCCCAUUACCUGUUUGCUGCUUAAUGUAUAGAUAUUAUAGGGAGAACUUACAAGUCAAUCACUUCUGGAACUUACAUGGUUAACAUCCAUUUUGUGUCCUAAAUUUGAGCACAAUUUUGAUUAAUUGGUUAGAAGAUUGUGAAUUGUUUCAGUUCUAUCAGAAACCAUUCUAAAACCCUUGUCUUGGAGUUGUUCAAAAUUUGUUACUCACUUUUAAAAUUAACCUUUAACUCCCAUAAGUGAUUAACAUGAAAUUUCUCCCUAUAGCAUCCAUACAUUAUCCAGCAAACAGGUUAUGAGAAUACUCAAAAUUAUCGGUUAGAAGUUGUUAUCUUGAUCUAACACCAAAUUUUCUCAACUAAAUUACAAGGAAAUGUGUAGAAGCUAGGAGGGAGAAUUAUGGAUCAGAUCUGGAGAGAGACUCAUUUCUAUCUUAUUAUUAACUGUGUGAUACCUUUUUAAAAAAGUUGUAGGUGUUCGCAUUGAUUGUACAACAAUAGAAUCUUCAUGUGGAGCCUGUAUACAGAACAUAGACCCACCAUGUUCCUGGUGUGAGGAUGCAGUAAGUGUCUCAGUUGUUAUUUUCCCUUACAGGGAGUAUCCAAAGGGGUCUCUAAAGAGGAAAGGUGCUUACUUGGUUUUUAAAUCUAAUAACCAGAUGUGUCUGAUCCUUUUUUUUUAUUUGAAUAAUAUCUGUAAACAUUGUACAUCAAAGUAAACUGUGUAUUAACAUACAUAGUGGGUGUUAAUUAAAAGUUUUUAUCAGUUCUUUUGACUUUUAUCCUAAACACAUUCAGGAGAAAAAUGGGAUAAAAUUGCAAAUUUGUCAAUGAUCAGAAAGUGAUUCUUGUUCCUUUUGACAGGAAUAUAUGUGGUUGGAGCAGCCAAGAGCAAGGUGUGACAACGUCAAGAAUCAUACUAGAAAUGGCUGCAAGAAGAUAGCAAAUCCUAAAUCUAAUUAUGUUACACAUGAGGUAAGUAAAGCAGCUAGUAAGCUCCUCUUCUUGGUAACCUCUAAGUAAGUUUGUAAGGUAUGGAGGAAAAACUGAAAUCCAGUUUAGUCACAUGUGUGCGGGUGGAAUCAAAUUGCUGCCUCACUGUCUGGGACUGUUUCCAAUAAGAAAAUUAAUAAUUUUUGUGAUAGGAAAAAUCAAAUUUUCUGUUUGAGCAGACAUUUAUUGUUAAAUUUUUCAAAGCAGAUGAGCCACAAGUUCCUAAAAAGUUGUGCAUACAAGACAUUAGCUAAAAAUGCUUGGUGUUUUUCCAUGGUGUCCUUAUCAGAUUUUGUUAAUUCUGCUUGGUCUAAAAACUUUCUACCCUAUUGUGAAUGUUUGUCUAACUAUUUUGUUUCAAUUACUUCCAGAGUAAACCACUUAAUGAAGAUGUCAAAGUCACCCCUCAGAAUUUAACUUUGUCACUUAGACCAGGUACCAUUACAUUGUAAUAAUACUUUCUUAUUAAUGGCUGAUUCAUGGUGCUGUUACCUUUGAUAGAGCAGGCAUCAGGGUAAAAUCUUACCUAGAAAAUACAAACCCCUUGGCAUGACAUUAGUGACUCAAGGCUCAAUAGGUUUUCCUGAUCAAAACCCUGUGGACACAAAUCCAACAUACAAACGUUGUCUUUCCAUGGAAGUUACAGGGUUAGUGUGGGUGCUCAAAAACCUGUAAAGUCCUGGGAUUUUAUUUGGACAUUUUCCAGGUGUGAAAAGUUCUUGAAAAGGAAUACAGGUCCUGGAAAGUCCCAGAAAUCUGCUUAAAUUAGGCAGUAAAGUUUUCAGAAUCUGCAUUAUAAGAAACUGUAGACUGCAAGGAGAAUUGAUCUUGAAAUCUUGGAAAUGAAAGGGUUUAAGGUGGAAGUUGGAGCCCUUGAAAAAUCAAUCUAAGUUCUAGAAAAGUCCUGGAAAAGUCCUUGAAAUUUGUUUCUGAAAAAGGGCACAAACCCUGUUAUAAUGUUUUGAGCAAGGUGUCUGCAGUAUCUGAUUGGGUGGCCUGUGGGAAAAGUAAAGACAACCAGAGCCAUAGAAUGACAUGUUCCUUGAUCAAAAGAAGCAUAUCCCUGGGACAGAAGCAUUUUAACAUCAAAGUGAAAUUUAUGAGGCUCAAUUCUUUUUUUGCUUGAUCAUACAUUCCUUAAUUGGUUAUUUACAUAACUGUUUGCACUGGAUUGAAGCUUGGCAACUACUUUUGCUGUCUUUUCAGAAAGCUCUGCUUGAGCUUGAAGCUGUGAGUCCUUCAGUAUGAAUAAUGACUUGCAUUCUUACACAAACAGGUCAACCAGCAACUAUUAAAGUGGAUGUUAAGAUGCCUGAAAAUUAUCCAGUAGAUCUUUAUUACCUAAUGGAUUUAUCAGGCUCAAUGGUAGAAGAUCUUAAAAAGUUUCCAACUCUUGGCCAGCAGAUAGGUACCUACCUUUAUAGCAACUUAUAAACUAGUUGUUUGAUAUAAACCACUCUGAGUGUGAUAUGUGAUGAGAUUGUUUUGCUGAGGAGCAGUCUGAAAACCACUGUGAUUGUUUUUCAGUUGCGAGUGGUUUGCUUCCAUCUUUCACUAAAUAGAUGUAACUUAUUUUUGCCAAUACAUGUACAUUGACCCUGAUAGUCAAAUUUUAUGAAGCAAAGCUCUAUCAUUUUAUAGGCAAACUAUUCCUCACACCACUUCUGACACUUCCUUCAGGUUGUGCAAACAUCUUUGGUACCAACAACAAUCCUUUUCAGGACUACAAGUGCCCACUUUUUUCUCCAGGUCAUACAUGCACGCCACAUGCCCAACCAAUUAUGCAUGUUAUCAUAAUUGUAUCUAUUCAAAUCACCCAUGGUAGUGUGCCUCCCUGUAAAUUUUCCCUUUUUUUAUUCAACUGUAACUUAUUUCUUUUGUUCUCUUUACAGCUAAAGAAAUGAAGAACAUCACAAACAGAUUCCGUCUUGGUUUUGGAGGAUUUGUAGACAAGCCAGUAGCCCCUUACAUUGACACUGCACCUGAAGCGUAAGAAUUCUAUUAAACUCAAGUUUGGUAUUAUUUUGCAGUCAUAACCAUUACCUUACCCUCUGAGCAUAUUAUGUGCAUUUCUGCAAAGCGGCCCAUAACAUAAUUGAUGGUAAUGUACAUAACAAAAUUUUUGAGGUUGCAUCCACAACUCCAUUGCUCACAUAUUAUGAAAAAGGGGCAGUAGUUGACAUAGUAACAGGGGUUUUAAAAUGUUUUGAAGAAGGCACCAGACUCUGUAAAAGUAGGUGACUAUGAAAACUUUAUUUAGGGUCAAAAGAUAAGUUUUUUGACCAGAGUAACCAACAACAACCGGGCUUGUUUUGAAACCCCAGUGUUAAUUUCAAAGGGACUAAAAUUGCAGCAGGUGAGGCAAAGGUUGAGGGUAAUACAGCUAAAGAUGCUACCCUUUUCCUGUUUUCUCAUUGGCUGUAUUUUCUGCGGCAAGAUAUAGAUACUUGCAGUAAGUAAAUGUGCUUUUCUUAACAGGUUAAAACAUCCACUGGAUGCAACUGCUGCAAACCCUGUCUCUGUUCCAGCUUUUGGUUUUAUCAAUCAACUAAAAUUGACUCCAAAUUACUCUGAGUUUGAAGUAAGUGAUUGCUAAAUAUUUGUGGAUUAGAUUCAUGGCAUUUUACAAAAUAUUACUCUACUUACAAUACACUACAGGACUCAGGUACAAUAUGUCACUUAAAAAUUUAUUGAGAACACACUACUAACAAAGUUUAGUUUACAAUAAACUUGAUUACAGUAGAUGACUUACUCUCGAUUACUUACACUACCUACACAAUACUCUACAUUUACAUUAUUUUGUGACAGAUUACACUACUUUCAAUAUGUUAUGGUAAAUUACUUACAGUAUCUUACUAAUAGUAUAUAGAAAAAUUGUAUGCUUUGCAAUAAAAUUUGACUUUUUAUGCUACUCUGCAUUUUUGUAUGAAACUGACAAAAUGCUUGUGGGAGGGUGGGCUGGGGCUAGGGCUGUUAGGGAUAGCACUGCAGUGGAUUCGUAUUCCAACAAGAAUAAGGAGUAUUUCUCCCUUUGACAUCAUGCUACAAAAACGAAGAUAAGCCUUAGAAGCUGUGAGAGUCACUCCUGUGCCCAUACCUUCUUUGUGUUCAUGCUGUAGAUUGAAACUGUUUGAAGGACGAGUUUGUGUCUCUUGAUUAGCUUGACUACUUCUAUCAGUUAACAGUUUUUAAAAUUCAUAAUAUACUUUUUAAUUUGGGGUUUUGGUGUUUCUUUGUUGAUUAGAGUGCUGUUCAGCGAGUGAAUAUUUCGGGGAAUAUUGACAAUCCUGAAGGAACUUUGGAUGCACUAAUGCAGAUUGCCGUCUGUGGUCCGGUAAGACUCGUGUACAUUGUAGAUCUGUAUAAUGAUCAAAGUCGUUGAUCAAGUCAGUUAUGUCAUAAUCUUAUGAGGAAAUGUACAGAAUAUUGUUUGUUUGUAAGUAAAUUUGACAUUAUAGGGAACUAUUAAUUUUUAUCAUCUACAUCAUUCAGUAUUAUUGUGGUGCCCUUCAAAAACAUCAAUAGAGAUAGGCUCGUCCUAGUACAGCACUCAGCAACCCUCUGAGCCCUUAGAGUGACUAGCAUCUAAUUUCUUCCUACCAUAUCAUCCCUGAAUAAUAUCACAUUAACCCUUUAACACCCAAGAUCUUAUUAGUAAUUCUCCUCACUGUCUGUGAUACAAUUCUUAUGAUGUAAAUUUGGAGAAUUUGGUAUUGGAUCAAUUAAUAAUCACCUAGUUGAUAUUAUACUUUAUUCUCAUCACUUCUAUGCUUGAUAUUGUAUUGAUAUUGUAAGGAGAAAUUCUCUUUGAGUCACUCAUGGGAGGUAAAGGGUUAAGGUCAUGGGAAUAAAGGAAAUGACAAUCAAUUAAAGAAACUCUUGAUUGUUAUACAAAUUCUCCUUAUCAGCACCUUAGGAAAUGUAUAGAGAACAGUAUGGAGAAUAUGCAUACUGAUGUUACCAGUUAGAUGCAAGGGGUUAAAACAGAACUUAAAGAACUACACAUCAUAACUGCACAGUUUGGGUACCACAAGUAUACUUGUGUCAUUAUUUUGAAGAAAAAAUGCAAACUGAUUAAAUUUGAUUUUAUUUUUGUUUAAUUUCCAUUCAGAAAAUUGGUUGGACAGACAAGCAGUCAGCCAGGAGAUUGGUUAUUGUAAUAACAGAUGCUAAUUAUCAUUUUGCUGGUGAUGGUUUGGUGGGUUCCAGAUGUCAUAGAUAAUUUUCAUUUAAUUGAUUGUUAUUGAUGUUCAUGUCCAGCAUAGAGAGAGGUGGCCACAGUAUAGUGGGGCCAAAAUGGGAAUAGGAGAGUUGUAGGUACAUGUAUUGUAGUUAUGCUUUCCAGCAGAUGGGUAAAUUUAGCAAUUAUCUCAGUUUGAGAUUUGACUUUUAUUUAACUCCAACAAAUCAUUUUCACUUCUUGAAUCAAAUUUACUUGAAGACUUUCAUUCCAUAAGAUCUUAAAGUUAGAGAAUAUCACAAUAUGAUCUAUUGGUGAGAGCUAUGUGUUCAAGCUUUUGUUGAGAUGAUACAAUUAAUUUAGACUAGUCAUGGAGAGAGGAAAAAAAUAGGAUUGAUUAUAGACAGAUUUGUGUCAAAUUUUGUAACUUUUGGUGUCUUUUUCUUUUUGGAUACAGCUUGGUGGAAUUAUCAUACCAAAUGAUGGUCACUGUCAUACAGAACAUGGCAAGUACAUGGCCUCAACAACAAUGGUGAGCCACUAAUUCUUUGUUUACAAAGAUUUUCUGUAACAAGUGCUGAUUAGUUUCUUGCUAGUGAAGGAGGGCAGGUUCUGAUUUCCAUCUCCGGCCUUCACUCUCCAGCUCACUUGCAAGAGUGACUGGAAAAUAAUUACUACUUACAAUAUCAGUACAUUUUCACCAAGGAAGUUGAGGAGAAAGAAGAGUAUCAAGUAGAGAAUGUAAUGCUUGUUUUAAUGCUAGAUUCUAAGAGGAAAAAUUUCGAUGAAUUUUUGGUAUACUUUGACCCUUUAACUCCCAUGAGUGACCAAGACAGAAUUUCUCCUUAAAUUAUUAAUACAAUGUCAGGCAGACAAUUAAUGAGAAUAAAGAAAUAUAUCAAUUAAAGGAUAAUUAGUUGAUCCAAUACUAAAUUCUCUGAACUAACAUUAUAAGAAUUGUAUGGUUGACAGUAAGGAGAAUUACAAAUUUGAACUGGGAGUUAAAGGGUUAAGGAGAAUUUAGAGGGGUAGUUGCCAGUAGGACCAGCAUGUUCAGUCAUACUGUGAAAUAUUUGGCUGUUUAUUUUUUGUUUAUCAAUACACAUUUUAUUGCACAGGACUACCCGUCUCCAGGAUUUCUCAAACAGAAACUGAUUGAGGAGCAAGUGUCACCAAUCUUUGCAAUCAAUAAAACAAAAGUGCAUGUGUAUGAACAGUACAAAGUAUGUGUGUUUAAGCGAUUUUGUCCAAAUUUCAGAUGUUAGAAUUGUAAUGGCAAUAAGAACCUAGAAUCAAUUUGACAACAACAACAAAAAUCUAAAAUUAUGUCCAGUUGGUCUAUUAAACUGUGCCAUGCAAUAAGUUAACUUCUAAUCGGGCAACAUAGUUGUCAGGUAAAUCCGAGCAUUCUAAUUGGUUGUUAUUGACUAUUUAUACAGAAACAGUCAUAAACCGUGUAUUAUUGUUCGCAAAAACUGGCAAAUUCAAAAUAAACAAGUUUAGUCUAAGUACCUUAUAAUAAACUAUUUACUAACCUCAUUUGCUUGAACCGUACUGGGGAACAUUAGCCCUCGGCUGUUUUUGUAGGGAUAAAGGGGGAAAGUUUCUAAAGAAACUGUGGUACUGCAUCGGUGAGAGUGUAUAACAGGUUAAUUUAGUAUUUUCAACUGAGUUGAUAACGUAAAUUGGCCAUCGUACAGAGCUUAAAAGCUGACGUUUCAAAUGUAAGCACUUCAUCAGAGUGAUAAUUGUUUUUGUUUUUGUAUGGACCUCACUUUGCUUAGUCCGUGCAGCCCUAACUUCAGGUCAAUAUUCCAGUACAGCCCACACGCUCAGUGGGAAAAGAGUUAUUGUUACUUAAUACCUUAACGUAUCAUUUCAUAGGAACUAGUUGACUUCUUUGGCAAAGAGUCUGGAGCUGUGGUUGAUUUACUGAGUGAAGACUCCUCUAACAUAGUUGAGCUUAUCCGAGAAGCUUAUGAGGUGAGUUUCAUUUCAUUUUUCCCUAAAUUUAAAGGCACCAAAUACUAUAAAUAUUAUGGACAUAUUUAUUACUCUUAAUUCUUUCUCACUUUUCAUUUCAUCUAAAUCUCCACCAUCUCCUCCAUGAUUUUUGCCUCUUUAUGCCACGUUAAUAUAACUCUCACCUACUACUUCAUCUGAUACCAUUCCUCCUCAAGCUCUACACUUUGCUGCAGUUAGGAUGACUGUUUAGCUUCAAAAUUGUGACAGCUGUCUUAAGGGGACAUAUACUUCCUUGAAGACACUGUUUAACAAUGUGUGCUAAUUUGAUCCUAGUGCAGGUGAAAUGUAAUUCUUAAUAGUACCAGUAACUACAAUUUAUCCAAAGUGCUCUUACUACUCUCUUGUUUGAAGACAAUUGCCCAAACGCAGACAAUACGCGACACAGCACCAGAGGGCGUGAGGGUUAAUUACACAGCUUACUGUCCGUAAGUGAUCAACUUCUGUUCCUUUUGUUGUUAAUUAAGUGUAGUAUUAAAGCUAGAGUUGAUUGCUUAAUAGCAAACUUCAGUGUGGAAAACGGGUGUCAUUGACAACCCAAGUGGACUUUAUCAAGUGAAACAGCUUGAUUAAUUGCAACUUGUGAACGUGUGGUUGGGAAUCCUUUGGCAGUAGAAGACCAAACUGCUAAUUUCUGAAAUUUGCAAACCCUACUUUAAGUGCAAUGCACAAGGAGUUUCUUUUAACAUUCUGAAUGGUAUCUGAGAAGAUUUUUGGCGAAGACAAAACGCGAUAUCAUACCAGCCAGAAUUUUUUCUUGUUCAUGAGUACUUGACACCUCUUUAUUGCGUGAAUUUUAUUGGUCAAAUGAUAUUUAAGAGUCUUAAGAAUCGUGUGAAACUUAUGAAGCAUUGACUUUUAAUUGGAGUUAAUUUUUCAUGUGCUUGAUAAGCAUCUGAGCAUUUAGCAAACAGUAAAAGUUGUGUAAGCUGGAGUACUGAAUGUCGUUUUAAGCAGACUCUUUAUUUAUUUGUAGUGAUGGAGUACAAGUUGGGUCCAGGACAUGUGCUAAUGUUCAGAUUGGACAGAAGGUCAGCUAUUACAACACACCAAAUCACCAAUUAACUUAACAGUAAUAAACAAAAUAUUUUUAUGGAAGGAAAACAAUCUCUUGUGUUAUUUUAGGUGUCAUUUGAGGUCUCAGUUACAAUUGAAGACUGUAAUCUGAAGGAAAAGAGGUAGGUGUAUCAUCUUUCUUGAAUCAGAAUGAUCUUUGAACUGAAUUUACCCUAGCCACUGCUAUCUUUGUGCUUUAGUAGUCCAAUUUUUUGGUAGGUUAGAUUCAUUAAUAUUUGCUUUUGAAUAAUUAAUUUUUCUCUUUCUGCCUUUCAUCACAGUUUUUCUCUGGUCACACCAUUUGGAAAUGUGGAUAUAAAUUUGGAUUUUAUUUGUAGCUGCCAGUGUGAGAAAGAUGAGAAUGCAGUAAGUCGCCUCUAACAUUUUGAAUUUUUUAAGCAAAAUAUUGAUAAUGUAGCAUCCUGUCCUUUAGAAAUACACAAGGUUUCUUGGUGCUACCUGCAGAAACCGCGGAUGUGUGCUGGCAGUUUGGGGCCACUCAGCUCUGAUAUGUAACCUUUAAAAAAGGAAAAAAAACCGGACGUGCAGAAGGGAUGCUCUUCCAUUAGAGGUGUCUACCCAGUGGUGUGGCAUCCAUUUAUACCUCAAGGCAGACGUUGUUGGAAUAAAGGGAAGUUCCUUAUCCAAGAGCGCAGCACAGUGCCUCUAAUGGGGGCUUUUCAGAACACUCUGUCUUGUGGUUGAUGUACUGUGUUAGUUAAGAAUCUGAUAUGAUAACCUUUUGAAAAGGACAAAAAAAAAAUCGGACUUUCUUCCAUCAAAGAGUGUUUUCUGAAUGGGAUACUGUCUUGGGCUCAAACUCAGACCUCUCAAUUUAUAUUCCCAUGAGCCCAACAAACAGACUGUCUCAAACCAGACCUCUCAAUUUAAAGACCCCUGGAGAGACUAUAUUAAAAUGAAUACAUUUGUAUCUUCUUGCAGGAAGAAUCAAGCCCUUACUGCUCUGGAAAUGGCACACUUACUUGUGGACAGUGUAAAUGUGACAAAGAUUGGUAAGACUAAAGUGACAUGUAUUCACCGAUCUGUUGAUAAAGUUAAGACAAGGUGGACAAAGUUAAUGAAACAAUUCACCUCCCUCUGGCAAACAUGAAAUAUAGUAUAUUACGUGGACCUCCCCGUAGAUACGAAUUUCAUCUCUGAGUGUUUAUAACAUUUCUUACGCUCAAGCGAAGCGAUCUUGUUAUAGAUGACGUCAACGCAGAAAGAUAAAUUCGAAUCCCCAAGCAGAAGUGUAGUGUCCUGUUUAUUAUAUAUUAAUUAUAUAUUAAUUAUAUAUUAAAUUUUGUUAGAUAAUUAACAAUUUAGCUACUCUUUUAAGACCUAGACCCAUACAUCAUUUAUUUCCUGAGGGGUGGGUGGAAUGAUUGAAGAGUUUUGGUGGAUGACAUGGUUUUCAGUAGGAAUGAAGGGGGGAAGAACGCAGUAUCAAGGGGGGGGUGGGGGGAGAAAAUGGCAUGUUUCUUUCAUCUAAUUCACCCCCACUCCCCUUCUCUCUUCACCCCUUAGGAGCGCAAUCGAAAUCCUUCUCCUCACCCCCUCCCCCAGGCGAUAAGUAUAACCGGUUUCUUAUGCACAGAUCUCCUUCACUUUGAUUCAUUCCCUAAACUGGUAUCACUGUAAUGUUUCAUUAAUUUUCACAUGAUUACCAUUGGUCUUCGUAGGGCUGGACGAAAAUGCCAGUGCCGAGAUGAAACUAAAAGUUCUCCAGAACAUUGCAUUAGGUAUGGUUUGAGUACAAGCUUUGCGUAUUAUUAUCUUUGUCUAUAGGUUCCACCGAUGACGUUAAAGCACAGAUUGUUUUCGCUUCAGGUCUUUCACAAAAUUUUUGUACUUUUGUAUUUGUUGUUCUGUUUAUUUUGUUUUGUUUUGAUUUUACUUUCCUUUGCUAUUUUUUCCUUUGUUGUCAUAAGUUUUUUUACUUUUAUUUUACAAGCGUUUAGAGAUGUUAGAACCAUUUGUAAAUUGGUAUUUUUUUUUCUUGAGUUUAAACUUGAAAUAUUACUUAAACUCUCAAUGAUUUAAAAUUUGUUAUCAUGACAGAAGUUGACCAUAAUUUUCAUUUGAUAUCAUUUCAUGAAUUUGAUUGUCUGAACUUAAUAUAUUCAUAUUAGGUUUGUCAUUGCAAUACUUAAAAAUUGUAGAAGUUUAAAUGUUAUAGUUAAACUCGCAAUUAAUUAAAAUAACAAACAGUUUGUUAUAAGUUAGCUGAAAAAAUGAUAAAGAUAAUUUUGGAGAAAUUUCUCACAGACUUGCAUUAAACAUGGCUCCGAAUAAUACUAUACUUAAAUGUGACCUUCUUCUCUCUUUUCACAGUUUUCUGAAAGAGACUUGUUAUCUAAUAAUAUUAUGUUCCUUGAUAGAGCUUUUCGAUUGAGUGUCGUAAAGCAAAAGCCAAAGUAAUCACAUCAGCCAAUCAGAAGAAAGGAGAAUAAUUAAGGACCAAUGAGAACUCAAAGUAAAAAGGCGGGAACUAAAGCGCGGGGAAAACGCGGGAACUAAAGCGCGGGAAAACGCGGGCAACCAAUUCGUGAUUGGUGUUAGGAUAGAGUUGUGCGAGUUUUCUGGACCAAUCACAGAGCAAAAUACCGCAAAACGACCGCAAUUUCGGAUUACUUCUGACACUUAAUUGAAAAUUUCUCUAUUUUCAAGAUAGUAAACUUAGCUCCUUGAUGCUAUAAAUACUUUAAAAAUUUGCGUCAGUAUGUGGAGAAAAAACUAAUUUCAGAUCUCAUUGCCUGUGUGUAAAGAAUCUCUAGAUCGAAUCAAACUGCUUUGUUAAGGUUACAAGAAAUGGUUCGUAAUCGCAACUUUACGGCAAAGUAAGUAUUAAGAUAACUUUUAACAUCUUCUGUAUCAAUUAAAUAAAAUAACGGGGCUUUAAAGUAAUGAACCUGUAAUCUAUUUCUGUUCAGUGAACAGCUUAAGAUCGGUGAAUGGAGGCAUUGAUCGUUUAAAUCAAAUUUCAGGCGAAAAAAAUUAUUCUUAGUUAACAAGUUGUUGAGUGAUUAUAUUUUAAACUCGUGGAUUGUUGGUAAUUCUGUGUCGACUUAAACCCUUUAAAUUCUACAAUUUAACGUCCACAACUUUCUACUAAGAUCAUAGUGGUUGUUUAGUGCUACGCUAUUAAAAAAUUGAGACCUUUUAAAUGUAACCCUCUGGACUGAAACUUAACUCAACGAAAAUCAUUUGAGGUACUUACAAACAGUGGUCUUGACAAGUAAAGUGACUCUAAAACAGUAGAGCUUAGAAGGAUUGCCUAACUGAAAGGAAAACAUGAGUAGUUAAAAAAACAAGUUUUGCAUCUGUUUUUUUAAGCAGUUCUCUCUCUCUCUUUUUAAAGGAAGACUGUGAGUUGACCAAUACCCAAUUCCCAAGUUCUUCUCAAUGUGCCCACGAACGUUCUAAAAAUUCCGCUUGUUACUUCGUUCCAAAUUUGACCUCUUUAUUUUAUGGCACUCAGACCGCGUCCCUGAGUGUUAACUUAUGGCAUUAUGUCCCUAUAAUCCUACCUUAUCUCAAACACCUGGCAUUUCAAGCCCUGAUAUCCCGAAGUGUUUCCACCUGGAGUCCCUGAGUCCUCCUCGGGAGGUGUGAAGUGAAGGGUUAAAGAUAAAUUCAUGCUUCUAACUUCACAGGCUGUUCCUCAGUCGUUCCACUGUAAAGGUGCAUCAACUGUGAAAUUUGUGUUUCCCCAGGGACAAUUCAUCGGAUGCUGAGGUGUGCAGUGGACUGGGAACCUGCCUGUGCGGAGACUGCCAAUGUGAUAAGGGGGUAAGGCAGGGGAGGGGUGGAUUGUGCAAGACGUGCGGGGAGGGAAGGGGUGUAUUGUGUAACAGAUGAGGGGAGGGGUGGAUUGUGUAACAGAUGAGGGGAAGGGUGGAUUGUGUAAGAGGGGCGGAGUGGAUUGCGUAAGAGGUGAGGGAAAGGGUGGAGUGUGGAAAAGGUGAGGGAAAGGGUGGCUUGUGUAAGAGGGGAGGGGUGGAUUGUUUAAGAGGUGCAGGGAGGGGAGGGGUUGAGUGACUUGUGUAAGAGGUGAGAGGGGGGUGGAUUGCGAAGAAGGUGAUGUAAGAGGGAAAAGUCCUUGGUUCUAAUAAGCUGAUUGAUCAUGUAUUUUGAAUUUCAGUCUCGCCCUGGUGAAAUCAUUAACGGUAAAUACUGUGAGUGUAGCAACAUGGAUUGUCCUUCAGAUCGAGACACUGAUCUGAUCUGUGGAGGUAAGAAUAAGUUGUAUUUGAUAUUGAUCAGCGCACGGAAAGUAGUUUCGCGCGCCUCACUCCCGGAGUUCCACGUGGCGCAUUAAUUUUUUUCCGUCGUUCCUUUUUGACUCGCUCGACGGACUUCGCUGAUGAUGGAGUGUUCAACCGCAAAAGUGGAAGGUCUGAGGUUGGGAUCCUUGUGGCAAAGUCAGGUUUUUGCUUUGUCCCAUGCUCGUGAAAAAUGAACAACAUCUUUCUUUAUUUAAGAGAAAACUUUCUGGGGAGAAAGAUGCUUUAUUUGGGUACUUUUUUAAUUUUUAUGAUCCGCCGACUCUUUUAACUCAUGUGUUGUUGUUUUUGUUAGGUCCUGAUCAUGGCCAGUGCGUGUGUGGGAAUUGUAGUUGUAACGGAAACUGGACAGGCCCAUCUUGCAGCUGUACGACCAGCACUGAGGGAUGUAUGAAGGAUGGGGUGAGUCACAUGGUAGCUUAAUUGGUCGAGGCUCAAUGGUAAAUUAAGCGGCGAAGAAGAGAGAAAUGGCAAAUCUCUUCCUUGCUUUGACGAAUUCUUUGUACAAACGUAAAUUUCUGGUAGUAACAUUGGGGACCUUUAGCAAAACACGAAAGUGGCGGAUAUAAUUUUGUGUGCGUAGCGUCUACGACAUGAGCAACUAUGUGGCUAAGAGACAGGCAUGACAACAUAUCCUAAAGUUGAUGUUACGCUUUUUUUUUCGGUUUUGCACCCGUGCGUCGUUAUGUUUAUAUGUUGUUUCAAGAUUAUUUGACAAAACGUGUUGUAUCUUGCCAUGCUGUUGUUGGUGUGGAAGACCAGAAUCUGUCACUGCUUUUCUCAGGAAUAAAUUCUAGAAGGAACUCACUAGUAAUGGGCUCCUGAUUCCAGGCGAUAUUCCCCAUGGUAGCCUGCGAAUAGGCCCUCGUUGUUAGUGCUUCAGCACGAGCGUUUCUUAGCCCGCGGGAAAGUAUGACGCCUUGAGUAACGCAAGCCGGCUAAAGGUCUGGAAGAGGUCUGGGUUCGAGCACUCAUAACCGGGCGGAGAAACUAGAGUCCUGCAAUGUUUAUGUUCAGGGCCUGCUGGUGCUUGUAGGCUUUCUCCAAUGGGGAUGACCCAAUCUUGCCUCUUACUGGCUUGGAAGUAGAGUCAUUCCAUCACUCCUUUAAGUUACACCCUAGUCAAUGGGUAAAUCUCGCAAUUUCUGUCUUUGUUUCAGGUGCUGUGUAAUGGUUAUGGCUCCUGCCAGUGCGGUACCUGUGUAUGUAACGGAUCCACUGUGUACAGGGGAAAGUACUGUGAUGAAUGUCCGGUGAGUAUUCUCUAUAGUCAGAGAGACAAAUUGUGCAUUUCUUACAUGACAGUAUCUUUUUAAACGUCCAAUGCGCAUAUCAGAAGGAGCGUUCUGGUUUAUCCAAUGUGGAAAACUUCGUCAUUUACUUUACGGAUCGAUAUUUCUAUCCUUAAAAUAUUCGCAUAUACCUUUUUUUUCCUCCCUCUUUUGGUGUUUUUCUCUAAUGAAACUUUGUUUCAUUUUGUAGUCUUCUUAUAGGAGAUGAUGUUGCGCAUGUGUAAAAACAACUCAAAUUCCCUUCAAACUUCCACAGUAAUUAACUUAGAAGGAUUUUGUCGCAAUUAGAACUAGUUCACCUUACUCACGACCAGUUAUAAGUGUUUUAAGGGCCAUUUAUUUUUUAUGCAACGCACGUCGUUCCUUGUUGUAUGAAUUUGGUAUUAAUUGGAAUAAGGCUGAGCUUAGCUCCUGUGCGCGAAGCGGGGUAGUGGAGCCUCUGUACUUAGCAGAAUGUCAGUGGUAUUCUAUUAAGUCUAACAAAUUAGUUUGUAACGUCCUGUCCUUACUUCGUUUGGUAUUAUCAACUGAGUUGAUAAAGUAAAUUGGCCAUUGUUAGGAGUUUCAAAGUUGACCUUUCGAGCGUUACUCUCAAGAAUCUGUAUGAGAAAGAGUAUCAGUGUUCCGAUAAAUAAACAUCCCCCAUCCUCAUACCUUUUUUCUAGAGCUGUGCUGGAAAGUGUUCUCUGAACAAAGACUGUGUGCAGUGUUUGGCGUUCAAGAGUGGCGCAAUCAAAGCCGAGGACUGCAGUACUCGCUGCAAAGAUUUCAAGAUCAGUCAAGUCGAUGAACUUUCUCCUGGUAAGAGUUAACCCUUUACACCCUAACAUCAGUAUGCAUAUUCGCCAUACUGUUCUCUAUACAUUUCCUUGGUGCAGACAAGGAGAAUUCAGUUUCGACUUCGGUAUCUCAAUGAUUUGAUUUAAGAUUUCUCUUCACUUCUGAGGCUCUACUGGCUGAGACAAUAGAGCAUGUUCUCACGUAGUUCCAAUCAUUAUUUUGACGAACGAGAUCGUUUUUUGUUGUAUUGUUCAACAGAAAUGGGAGAAAGGUGCACAUUUAAGGACGAUGAUGACUGUUCGUUCAGCUUCAGCUACAAAGAGAACCCUGGCAAGGAUGUGCUUAUAUCCGUCCAGAAGGAGAAAGGUACAGUGGUGGUCUCGCUAAAUAUAUGCCCAGACAUUGUGUAUACCCAAACUCGGACUCCAACGUUAUGGUGGAGUAUAUUUGGAUGCUUGUAGCUUUUUCGUGUUUAGGUCCAUGAGUUAUACGUUAACUAAAAUUAUCGAAUCAGUGCUUGAUACGAUUGGUUGAGAGGGAUACGGAGCGGAGUAAAGCAAAACCAGUGCAAUCCCGCUUUCCUUCAGUAAUAACCUACAUGAAAAAAAUUACGCGCUUCUGAUUGGCUGAAAACGAGUGUAUUCUCUUUUAACGCGUGUGCAAAUUUGUAACAUUCUGUGAUGUUUUUCCAAGUACAUUAUUAAAAAGUAAUAACGUGAUUUCUCAAAAAAAAAAAAAACAAAUUGCACUCGCUCUACGGGCUUGUGUAAUUUUGUUGUCUUUGAAAAAUUAACUCGUGCUUAUUUACACCAAAUUGCACGCGAAAUCAUGUUAUUACCUACAUUUAAACUCUCAAUUGUUAAAAUUCUCUAAGGUUAAACCACAGCAUUUGUUCACACACCAGUUCCUUCAGCUUGUUUUUCCUUCUUUCGCAAGUUUGUCCCAAGGAAGCCGAAGCACUUGCUGUUAUACUGGGUGUUGUCGGAGGAGUACUGGGUGUGGGUCUAGCUCUGCUCCUUAUAUGGAAGUUACUCGCUACGAUCCAGGUAUGAAGACUACUCCCAAGUUUAGGCGCCUUGAUGUAAGGCUGUCAGUCUCGACGGAGACAACGCGUUAGUCUUUUGCAAGAGAAUAGAAAGUGGCCCAUUUUCGGCGUUGUUAAGUAAAUGUAGAUCUCUAAACAGAUAUAUUAUUUUUCAGUGCCAUUUCCGUUUUGGGACCUUUUUCUCGAGUUUUGCAUCUCGACAUAUUUAUCCUAAUUUUUUUUUCAAGUUUGUCAUCUGCAGUCUGUUCUAAUCUUCUUCAUCCACUUUUAUCAGUCUUGUUCCUUCUUGGUUUAUGAUUGCCUCUCAUGCGUUUUCUAUCAUAGCAAGCUGAAAUAUAUGUAACCCCCUUUUUGCUGAAGGUAGAGUUACACUCGAGUUAGCUCCUUACAUACCUGAACUUUGAUUUUACAGGACCGACGAGAAUUCGCCAAGUUUGAGAAAGAAAGACAGAAUGCACAGUGGGACACAGUAAGUGGAAUUUAUUUUUUUUUUCACCUAGUGACCAUUUUGACAGGUUUGAAUCCGUAAAAAAGCCCUAUUUUGUGGUAUUUUAGUUUUGAAUGAUUUUUUCUUCAGCAAGAGGUCACUUUGUGUUUCCUGGUUUGGUAUAUCUCACGAUAGCAAUUGGCAAAAGGCACCAAUCCUUAUUUACAAUUAUAAAGGGGGUAAGUUUCUAAGGAAACUGUGGUACUGCGUCGGUGGGAGAGUAGAACAGGGUAAUUUAGUAUUAUCAACUGAGUUGAAAACGUAAAUUGGCCACCGUAAAGAGUUUAAAGGCUGAAGUUUCGAGCGUUAGCCGUUCGUCAGAGCGAAACGUCAGCCUUUAAACUCGAAACGUCAGCUGUUAACCUCUUUACUGGCAAUCAGUUCAUUUGACCUUUGAGGGGAAACAAUGGCGAGGAACGUUUAAUACAGAACCCUUCGAGCGAAAUUAUUCUGACACCCCCUCCCCCCUUGGAAUUCCGAUGGUUCACCCGUAGGGAAUUCUUUAGUCCUCAUAAGCGCAAUUUCAGACUUUUCCUUUGCUUUACAGGGAGAGAAUCCAAUCUUCAAGCAGGCGACCACUACUUUCCAAAAUCCCACUUAUGGGGGAAAAUGAGAGAAGAAAACCUCAAUUAUGGAGAGGAAAACUUUAGCUGUGAAUAUCUUAAUAUGGGAGGAAUGUUUUUACGAUCGGCUGCCUUUAUUUUAUGUUUGAUGGAUUGACGAAGGUCCUCCUGAUUGAAGGGUAAAAUAAAGAUCUAAUGCAUGCGCACAAGUUCCCUCUUGUCGACAGUACCAUCUGGGUUCAUCCUUUGCGCAUGCCUAGUGCCUAAGUUCUUGAAAUUCUAAGGUUGUGAGUUUAGUUUGGAGUUGUAGAAAGUAUACUGACGAUAAAAAUUUUCAAGUAAAUUUUGACCUUAAGAUAAAUUUUAAACUCAAAGUGGCCAAGUGCUUACCUUUGGCAGUGCUUUAUUUAUUACUGUUAUUUUGAUACGGAAACAGUUUGUCUCGAUAUUUCAAUUUUGUUAUCUGAAGUUUGGAAGUACAUUUUACUAGGCUAUUUUUGUAUUCGUUUUCUUAACAAUAUAUUUUUAGUACUAUUGGCUCGCCUCCUAAUUGUUGUUGUUCUUGUAGAUGUUGUGAGUCUUGCUUGUUUGUUUAUUUGUUCAUUUGUUUAUUUUAUAAGGUUUUUUACAUUUUCAAACUUUGUUGAAACUUAAACUGGCAAUGAAAUUUUUGCCUAGCCAGCUUCAUCUGAUGUAAUUAAAUGUCGGUUGAUAUUCCC